GUAGUUCUGAUUCAGUUUGAUGGGACAUUAGGAAGCUAAAGUUCUUGUAAAUUUUUCUUUUUUUUCUAUUCCAUUCUUAACUUUCAUAUAUUGCAAUAAAAGUAAAAGUAUUAUCUACAAAUUUCGUAAAGACGUGUAUUCUUAUCAAAUAGCCGGAAAAAUGUUUUAAUUGCUUACUGAUUGGAUAUGGUAUAGAAUGUAUGGCAUACGAAGUCUUUAUUCUAGUAUAUCUUUUGUUUUUACAACUAUUCUAAAUAGUCUGCCAACGUGUGAGGCCGAUCCGUAUUUUUAUAUAUACUAUCAAUUAAAAUACGUCAAUUAAAAAUCGCACAAUUAGAUUCCUUAGAGAACGAAGCAACGAACAAUCAACGAAUUUUAGAUUAUAUAGUAAAAGAAGUGAAUGCAACGACAAAAACAACAACAAUAAUGUAUAAAUUUUACAAAGUGGAUAUAUUCCGUACAGAAUGGGAAGUACCCGAAAUAUAUCAGGAUUUACAGCCGGUGGGCUCGGGAGCUUAUGGACAAGUAUGCAAGGCUCUGGUAAAGGGAACAAACAUGCAUGUAGCCAUUAAGAAGUUGGCGCGUCCAUUCCAAUCGGCUGUUCAUGCAAAACGUACUUAUCGUGAAUUGCGUCUCCUUAAGCAUAUGGAUCAUGAGAAUGUAAUUGGUUUAUUGGAUGUGUUUCAUCCGCUUAAUGUGACUUUGGAAAAUUUUCAACAAGUUUACUUGGUUACUCAUCUCAUGGACGCGGAUCUCAAUAAUAUUAUACGCACGCAGCGUUUAUCGGACGAUCAUGUACAGUUUUUGAUAUAUCAAAUUUUGCGUGGGCUUAAAUAUAUACAUAGUGCGGGAAUUAUACAUCGCGAUUUGAAGCCAUCAAAUAUCGCGGUAAAUGAAGAUUGUGAAUUAAGAAUUUUGGAUUUUGGUUUAGCUCGGCCAACGGAAAAUGAAAUGACCGGUUAUGUCGCUACACGUUGGUAUCGGGCACCCGAAAUUAUGCUUAAUUGGAUGCAUUAUAAUCAGACGGUGGACAUAUGGUCUGUUGGAUGCAUUAUGGCGGAGUUACUUACCGGACGUACAUUAUUUCCCGGCACCGAUCAUAUACAUCAACUUAAUUUAAUUAUGGAAAUUUUGGGGACACCAUCUGAUGAAUUUUUGAAAAAAAUCUCUUCGGAAAGUGCACGAAAUUAUAUCAAAUCUUUGCCUUCAAUGAAGAGACGUAAUUUUAAGGAUCUCUUUAAAGGUGCUAAUCCACUUGCAAUUGAUUUGUUAGAAAAAAUGUUAGAAUUAGAUGCAGAGAAACGUAUUACGGCCGAACAAGCGUUAGCACAUCCCUAUAUGGAAAAAUAUUCUGAACCGAGUGAUGAGCAGACUUCACCUUUAUACGAUCAAAGUUUCGAGGACAUGGAUUUAUCGGUCGAGAAAUGGAAGGAAUUAAUUUUUAAAGAGGCGGUAAACUUUAAAGCGCCAGCAUCCUUUGCGCAAAUCUUGCAAGAAAUUAAAUGAGUUACCACAAAACGAUCAGAUACGCUUAAUCAACCUCAACCGAUGGUAUUACAUUAUAAGUAUAUAAAUAAUUAAAUUGUUCACCUGUUGUGCCUUAACAGAUACCAAAAAACAAAAAUUUUUUUUUUAUUUUACAACAUUUAAUGCGUUUUUUUUUUAUAAUUAGAUAUUAAAAGCUUUGAAUCAAGUUUUUUGUGCAAUAAAGUGUAACUGAACAAAGCAAAA